AUGAAAGAAAUUAUUUUAAAUUUAUAUUUAAAUAAUAUAUUUUAUAAAGUAAAUUUUAUUAAUAAAUUUAUAAUAAUUUAUACAAAUAAAUAUUUAACAAAAUUAGAUAUUAAAUAUAUUUUAAAAUAUAUAUUUAAUAAAAAAUUUAUAAAAAUAAAUAAUAUUAAUAAUAAUAAAGUUUUUAAAAAAUAUUAUAUUUCUUUUAGAUAA